AUGUUCCUUAGAGGAUUAAGUAGAACGAGACCCGGGCUGCACAUGAUUACAACCAGUCAGUUACUAUUUCGUCCUACUUUAAAAUCGUUUAUGAGUACUGAAGUCCGUAAGGCUAUCGAAGAUGCAGUUGCUUCUGCUCCUGUCGUACUAUUCAUGAAAGGUACACCCGAGUUCCCUCAGUGUGGAUUUUCAAGGGCAACAAUAGCUAUGUUGGGCCAACAAGGUGUAAACCCUGCAAAAUUCGCAGCCUAUAAUGUAUUGGAAGAUCCAGAACUGCGUGAUGCUAUAAAGGAGUUCUCUAACUGGCCAACUAUCCCGCAGUUAUACGUCAACAAGGAAUUUGUAGGAGGUUGUGACGUUAUUACAACUAUGGCCACGAGUGGUGAACUAGCCGAUGUGUUGGAAGAAGCAGACGCUUUAAUGCCUCAACAAGAGGAAGGUAAAGAUUCUAGCCAAUAUUCUCAAUUCCAAUGA